UAGAAAAAGAUUAGAUGGAAAAAGCCAAUAGGCUGCUUCAAUACAAAUCUGGGUUCAUAUAAAGUGCACGAAAUUGAAUCUAAAGUAGCUAUUCAUAUCUGUAGAGUAAGCGCAUUUGUUUUUCAAAAACAUCUUUCAAUCUUGAACCAUCCAUGUACUAUUAGUUUCGACAUUUUAAGAAAACCCUCUGCUUACAAGACCCCACGAGUCGAGCGAAAUAGAGGAAUUAAUAAUUUAUCACCGAUAAUUUAUGAAUAUUAAUCGGAGAAAUACUCUUCCAAUUCACUUGGCAUGUUGAAAACCAUUACGAGACACGUGCAUAUUGAUAAGCAUACAAAAAUAAUCCACCUGUAGGUGUUCUCCAGUUUUGGCCGCAUUUCAUAUAAAAGAUGAAGAGGAUAUCUGGACAAUCAUUCCAGCAGUUUCAAGAUGAAUUGCAGAGUGGUAUUCAUCUCGGCGAUCUGCUUGAUAUCCGCAUCUCGGUCUUUUAGUAGUAUUUCCAACGUGAGAUUGCAUCGCUAUUGCGGAACCGCAUUGAAAGAAAAAAUGGAUGAAGUAUGCUUUGAAGGUGAAGGCGAAAAUUCAAUCGACAAAGAACCAAUACACUGGAAUCAAAAAAAUAGUUUAGCUGCAGGCAUUUAUCCAUCAUUAAACGAUGCAGUAAACUUCAUCCCAAUAAGACACCAGCGUGGAAUUAUUGAAGAAUGUUGUAUAAACAGAUGUUCUACAGAUACCCUUAAAGCUUACUGUAGUCGAUAGAAGAAAAGUUGCCACUAAACUGUAUAAUCUUUUAGGUUUUGUAAUAUUAUAUGAAUAGAUGUAGUGUAAUUGA